AUGGCGUAUAAGCAUCUGGACACAUGGUUCGGAAGGCCAAAGAAAGGCGGCGGGCCGGAGCGGGGGUACGACACGGUGCCACGCACGGACCCUCGCCCCGAAGAAGACGAGUCCGCCGCCGCGCAAUACACCAGCAACAUCGAUGCUCUGGACGACAACCAGCUGCAGAGGCGGUUCGAGGAGAUGCUUUCGGACAUGAAUCUCAGCGAGGAGAAGAAGGCACCCCUGAGAAAAUACUCCAGGGAUCAGAAGAAGAAAAUGCUCGUCGCUUACAAAUUUGUUAACGCACAGGAAGGCAGAUCAAAAUUCGAAAAGCCCGCCGAUUACGUCCACUAUUUGAACCAGCCAGAAUUAUCCGUCGGCAAACUUCACAGUUGCUUAGAGAAUCUGAGGAUAGCGCUGACAAACAACCCAUUGUCUUGGAUUCAAGAGUUUGGAACUAAAGGCAUUGUCAGCUUGCUUAAUACGCUCAACGUUUGUUAUUCCAAUUUCAGUGACUCCCGCUACGACCGCGUGCAACAUGAAUGCAUACGAUGCAUUUCCGCCAUUUUGAACAACACAGUUGGCAUCCGAUCGAUGUUCGACUGCCGCGAGGCGCUACCCGUUCUGGCGAGAAGUCUCGAUGCGAGAAAACCUCAUAUUGCUUUGGAGGCCGCUAAGGUAUUAGCAGCAAUAUGUCUGAUCCCCAACGGUCACGAGAAGGUCCUGGAGGCGAUCACUAUCGCAGGCGAGUCGCAUCAGAAGCCUCGACUACUACCCAUCAUAGAAGGUCUAGAGGCCAAAGCACCGGAAAGUUUGAAGACAGGCUGCAUGCAACUUAUGAACGCCAUUAUAACAGAACCGGAGGAACUCGAGUUCAGAAUGCAUUUAAGAAGCGAAUUUAUGAGGACCGGGCUAAAUGAUUUGAUUGAACAGCUGCGGUCAGGCGCAGAGGGCGGACGUAAGAUUCAAAUCAAUGUGUUCGACAAUCACGCGGCCGCCGACCAAGAUGAGUUCGUCGCCAAGUUUGAUGACGUCAGAGUGGACUUCAACGAAGCUAACGAAUGCUUCGAACUGGUCAAGAAUCUCGUUAUAGACACUCCCGCUGAGCCUUAUUUGCUGUCUAUUUUGCAGCAUUUACUGUUCAUCAGAGACGAUGACUUAAUCAGGCCAGCGUACUACAAGCUCAUUGAAGAAUGCGUAACACAAAUAGUGCUACACAAAAACGGCUACGAUCCAGACUUCAGGGCUACUGCGCGAUUCAAUAUAGACGUACAGCCUUUAAUCGAUGGACUUAUAGAAAAAUCUCGAGCGGAAGAAGAGCGUAGAGUGGAAGAGUUGAAAAGUAAACUUGAAGCGGCAAUAGCAGCGAGACAAGAAGCUGAAGCGAGAGUUGCACAUCUAGAAGAAAGAAUGAAACAGGCUGCGACGGGGCCUACUGGUCCCGGUGGGGUAUCACCUUCGAAUAUCGCUGCGAUAGCCAAGGCAAUCGGCAGUCCAGGAGGUCCAGCUCCACCCCCUCCCCCACCAAUGCCUGGGGCAGGAGGUGGACCCCCGCCACCACCACCUCCGCCGAUGCCUGGUGGGCCCCGGGCACCCCCUCCCCCGCCCAUGCCGGGAAUGGGCCCACCGCCGCCUCCUAUGCCCGGAAUGGGAGGUCUGGCACCUCCGCCUCCGCCACCUGGCGGUUUGGCACCGAAAUUUGCUCAGCCCGACGUGCUUCCUUAUGGCCUGAAGCCAAAGAAGAAGUGGGAAGUAGAGGGACCUCUCAAACGCGCCAACUGGAAGACCAUCGUCCCGCAGAAGAUGUCCGAAAAAGCUUUUUGGGUUAAGGUACAAGAAGACAAACUUGCUUCGCCUGACAUACUCAGCGGGCUAGCGCAGAAGUUCUCCAGCAAGCCGAUGACGAAAAAGAACGAAGAUGCGGUUGACAAAGUCCAUACAUUGAAAAAAGUGAAAGAUCUAAAAGUACUCGACAGUAAAGCUGCGCAGAACAUUUCGAUCCUACUCGGCGGGUCGUUGAAACAUAUGUCUUAUGAACAUAUACGACAGUGCAUAUUGCGUUGCGAUACUACUGUGCUGUCGGCGAAUGUUCUAGAUUUGCUUAUACAGUACCUACCACCGGCGGAUCAAAUGAAAAAACUAGCGGAAUUAAAAUGCCGUAGCGAGGAAUUGAUAGAGGCGGAACAGUUCGCUGCCACUGUGGCGGACGUCAAGAGGCUGGUGCCCAGACUCAGGAGUUUAGCAUUCAGGGAGCAUUAUGCUGAGAUCAUUUCUGAAGUCAAACCGGAUAUAGUGUCCGGUACGGCAGCGUGCGAAGAGGUAAAAUCUUCUGGAAAAUUCGCGAAGAUAUUAGAACUGUUAUUACUGCUCGGUAACUAUAUGAACACGGGGUCCAAUAACGCGGGGGCGUACGGAUUUGAGAUCAGCUUUUUAACCAAGUUAACAGCUACAAAAGAUCUACAGAACAAACAAACUCUACUACAUUAUUUAGUUGAAACGAUCGAGAAUAAAUUCCCCGACGCGCUCAACUUCGCCGAAGAAAUGCCACACAUUGACAGGGCGGCACGCGUGUCAAUGGAGAACCUCCAGAAGUCUUUGAAGAAGAUGGACAACGACAUUCGAGCGCUGGAGACCGAUCUGAACAAUUCUCGAGUGCAGCAAUCGCCCGACGACCUCUUCCACGAAACUAUGAGCGAGUUUGCAAAAGAAGCCCGCGAGCAAAGUGACCUUCUUCACUCAAUGUUCCGCAAAAUGGAGGCACUGUACGGGGAGCUGGCGGAGUACUUUGUCUUCGACCCGCACAAAUAUACUUUAGAGGAGUUUUUCUCGGAUAUUAAAACUUUUAAGGACUCUUUUGCCGCGGCCCACCAGGAAAACGUAGUAGCUCGGGAAACUGAAGAAAGAGCUCGACGAGCGAGAGAGGCGCGUGCGCAAGCGGAGAGGGAGAGGAGAGAUCGACAGCAUCGAUAUAAGCAGUUCGUCGAUAUGGAACGUGCGCAGGAAGGCGUUAUGGACAGUUUAAUGGCAGCUCUACAGAGCGGGUCCGCCUUCAGUAGAGAACGGCCGAGAAAGAAAGCAAAUCCACGUGUCGCAGGAGAAUCGAUAUCAUCAUUGCAAUGCGGCCGUCGAUGUCGCAACGUCAAGAGAGACACAUCGCCGCUCUUAGAAAGAUACAGACAACUGAACGGCGAGCACAGCUGCAUCGAUCCAGAUCAAGGUCGGGCCUCACUGGACCACUCACCACUAGAGAACUCACCAACGAGCUCCUCGGCAACGCGUGACAAGCCCCAGCUCAUAAGAAGUGAUACUAGCUACUUAGUCAUAGACGUAGCAAAGCUCAAGUUAAACUGGUCGAUUUGAAGUGAAACAAUUGACGACACCCGUCAAUUGUUUCGAAUUCGGGCUGGCCAAUCGGAACGCUGUUGUCACUGUAAUGAUUUGGCAGAAUAGUUUUCAAACAAAUUAAAUGUCACAAACGUAUAUGGGAUGAGCGAGAACGAGAUCUGUUAUACAACCCCCUCUAAUGGUUUUUUUAAUAUCUUAU